UUUUCAUUUAGCGGUUGCUUGUAAUAAAAAAUAUGUGAUUAUUUUUCCAUUAAAUUAUAUGUCAUCUACUUCAUAUGCCCCACCAGUGUUGUUUGCUUUUGUGUUAAUGGGAAGAACUCUGAUAGGCUGGUGUACAGCCCCUUCACAAUAGGGGCCCACGAUACCAGGCUGUAGAUUUUUGGUGCUUAAGCUCCACAAAGGCUGCCAACAUUUCAUCUUCGCGAAGCUCUGGUACUGUUUUGCGUGGGGUGUCUUACCAGAGAAGUGGGAUGGGCCAAAAAGGGGUGCAAAGCAUAUUUCUUGGGCUUUUGUUAUAUGUUCUUGUGAUAUCAGCUGCUGCUGAUGUUAAGCACUUGAACAUAUGGCCAAUGCCAAAGCAGGUGAAUCAUGGGCAUGGGAGUCUUUAUCUCGGGAAUGAUUUUGAGCUCAAGACUGAUGGAAGCAAAUAUCCCGAUUCUUCAGGGAUUCUCAAGGAUGGAUUCUUGAGAAUAAUUGAUGUUGUCAAAGCAACUCAUGUUAUUGAUGCCAAUUUUUCCCAUUUUAAUCCUUCUCGCUUGCUAAAAGGAAUUCAUAUAGUCAUCUCAUCACCUUCUGACGAGUUACAGCAUGGUAUAGAUGAAUCAUACAAGCUAAAUAUCCCGGCUCAUGGAACACUACUUUAUGCUCAUAUUGAGGCACAAACAAUCUAUGGAGCUUUGCACGGGCUGCAGACAUUCAGCCAAGUCUGCCAUUUUAACAUUACAACUAGAGCAAUUGUGGUCCAUCAGGUUCCAUGGACCAUUGUUGAUCAGCCGAGGUUCCCAUAUCGAGGGCUUUUGAUUGAUACAUCCAGGCAUUAUCAACCUUUGCUGAUGAUAAAGAAGGUUAUUGAUUCUAUGUCAUAUGCCAAGUUGAAUGUGUUGCACUGGCACAUUGUAGAUUCACAAUCUUUCCCCCUUGAGAUACCAUCAUAUCCUAAACUGUGGGAUGGUGCAUAUUCAAUUUCAGAACGGUAUACAAUUGAAGAUGCUGCCGAAAUUGUGAGUUAUGCUCAGAGACGAGGAAUUAAUGUAUUGGCAGAAAUUGAUGUUCCUGGACAUGCUCUCUCUUGGGGGAUCGGUUAUCCUUCACUAUGGCCAUCAACAGAUUGUAAGGAGCCACUUGAUGUCAGCAAUGAGUUUACUUUCAAUUUGAUAGAUGGGAUUCUUUCAGAUUUCAGUAAGAUAUUCAAAUAUAAAUUCAUUCACCUAGGAGGCGACGAAGUUAACUCUAGUAAGAUUUCCAUUUCCAGUAAUGUUCAUUUUUUAGGUUGUCGUAUUGUCAUUUUCAUUUGUUCUUAUGUAUGCAUGUGGGGUGAACAUAUUGACGCGUCUGAUAUUGAACAAACCAUAUGGCCGCGUGCUGCAGCAGCUGCAGAGAGGUUAUGGACUCCUUACAACAAUCUACCUAAGGAUCCAGCACAAGUUGCAGGCAGAUUAGCGCAUUUUAGGUGUCUUCUGAAUCAAAGAGGAGUAGCUGCCGCACCAUUGGCUGGUCCUGGUCGAGCAGCCCCAGAAGAGCCUGGUUCCUGUCAUAUGCAAUAGUGGCUGAAGCAGAAUCCUGGUUUAGCUUGAACAUAUGAUUAUUGGUUCAGCAUCCCACUCCCCAAUUAUACAUCAAUUUGUGAGUGCUGAAAAACUCGAACAGUAUGUAUUUUAUAUUCUGAAAAGGGUUAAAUAAUAAUAAUAAUAGUGCCUUAUGUUUCUUUUCA